AUGGCAGUUAGAAAAAUGCUUCACGCAGUGAUCUCUGAAGGAUCUGGAAAAGGUUCAGAUGCUAAUGAGACGACUCCAUUUAAUAUAGAACGUAUUGCCAUUGAUCAACGUGGCUUUAUUGGAUCAUUCUAUGAUGGAUAUGAAGAUAAUAUCAAGGGAAAAUUGGGUAUUAAAAUGAAAACUCAGUUCUAUGACGCACCUAAAGAAAUGAAAUGUAUAUCAAUCAAUGGACGUACACCUGAAUGUCAAAAUUUACUUAAAUUUGUUGAUAUUGAUCAUCAACAACGAUUAAGUAUCUUAUUAGAAAUGACUCGUGCAACUGGAAUAGCUUUGCUUAUUAAUUAUUCUCAAUUGAUUGAUAAACAAACUCGAUUUUUUUAUAUUUAUCAAGAGUCAUAUAAAGAAUUAGAUAAAGAUCAUUUACAUCAAUUCAAAAAAUCGGUAAUAAUAUCAACAUGUGAAACAUUUGCAACCCACAUUAUAACUGAAAUCAUUUGGGGUAUUCAUCUUCUUGUUAUUCUACAAUUACCUCUUAAUAAAGAAAACGAAAUCGAUAUUUUGUUGAAGACAUUAAAAGAAAGUAUAAUUAAUAAUAAGCCUAUCCUAACAAUAAACUCACAACAACAAGCUCUGCUGGAUCAAAUCAUCACGACUACAGUUUAUUCAAAUAUAGAUGAUUUAACUAAAAUAAAAAAGUUACAACAUAUUUAUGAAGCAAUAAUAGAAUUGCAAAGAGAUGAUAAAAUAUGUGGACGAUUAAAAUAUAUUCUUACUCCUAUUCAAUGGUUCUACGAUCAUCAUGGUAUACAUUUGCCAAAAGUAUUUUUAUGUAAAUCACAUGAGAUUGAAAAUCUUGAAUAUUAUUUACUUCAACAAAAAUCUGAAUUAAAAGUAUUGAGUUUUCGUGUCAAUCAUAAUUUAUUUGAAUUAUUACAAGAUAAAUAUCAAAGACAAUUCAACGAUAUUCAAGAAGAGCUUUCAGAAUUGCAAGUUUUACAUAUGAAAGAUAUUGAACGACUUUAUAAUGUAGUUUUGAAAAUUCGAAAUGGAACGAUAACACAAAGUUUAAUAGAGAAAGAAGUGAGUUUGGAUCCACCAAAAGAAAUUCAACGAUUGAUUAAAAAUAUUACUAGCCAUAUAGAUGAAUUGGAAUUCAAAGGAAACUUAAUGAAACUACUACAAAAUGAUGGAUUUGAAUACUGCAAUGUUGCAGAUUUAGGCAUUGAUGAUAGAUUAGAAGGAAAUCAAAUCAUCGAUAUGCUUUUUGGCAAUGAUUCUCAUAAAGCUUUAUUUUGUUCAACCGAUAAGUUGAGAAAUGAUAAUCAAGAAAUUUGGACUAAAUUAUAUUCUGAAAUGAUCGAGGAAAACAAAAAGAAUCCUCAACUACGUCUUGUCUAUGCUGAUUUCACUUAUUCAACAUACAAAUUAAAGAAGAUGACUACCACCUUAUCGAAAGAUAUGAAAGCAAAUCAAAAUCCAUCGAAUUCUCAAUCAUCUGAAAGUGAUAGAAAAAGAAAAACUCCUUCUCCAACGCCACCACCAUCGUCAACUGAUGAGUUUAUUAAUAUACUUCUUCUUGGAGAGUCUGGUGUUGGUAAAUCAACUUUCAUUAAUGCUUUUGCUAAUUAUCUUCAUUUUCAAAGUCUUGACGAAGCUCAACAUGAAAAACCAAUUGUUAUAAUACCUGUUUCAUUUAUAAUGACAAUAAAUGAUAAUUUUGAUGAAAAAAUAAUUAAAUUUGGUGAAAUUGAUUCAAAUGAAAAUCAUAAUGACAAAGGUCAAUCAGUAACUCAAAAAUGUAAAUCUUAUAUUUUUAAUAUUUCUAAUGAAAAAAAAUUACGUUUUAUUGAUACACCUGGUUUUGGAGAUACACGUGGUAAUCAACAAGAUAAUCUUAAUAUGGAAGAAAUAUUUUCUUUUCUUCAUAAUAUUUCUUAUUUAAAUGGUAUAUGUCUUUUAUUUAAACCUGAAAUUCUACAAUUAAAUUCUUAUUUUUAUUCUUGUUGUGUUCAAUUAUUUGAAUAUUUCGGUGAAAAAAUUCGUGAUUAUUUUAUAUUUUGUUUUACUAAUGCACGUUCAACAUUUUUUGCUCCAGGUAAUACACGAUCAUUCUUAAAAAUAUUCUUUGAAUCAUAUCCUGCAAUGAAAAUUCCCUUGGAAAAAAAGAAUACAUUUUGUUUUGAUAGCGAAGCAUUUCGAUAUUUGGUUGCAAUACAAAAUUCAAUUGAAUUUGAUCAAAAUGAUAGAAAUGAAUUUGAACAAAGUUGGUUAAGAUCAGUUACUGAAUCAAAACGUUUUCGUGAUUUUCUUUGUAAUCAACAUUCAUAUCGUAAAAAUAAUGAAUGGCAAUCAAUACAAGAUGCUCAAUUUCAAAUCAAUUUUAUGAUUCGUCCAAUUUUAGAAACUAUUCGAAAUAUUUUUCGAAAUAUUCUUUUAUAUAAUCUUAAUUUAUCAAUUAAACUUUCUGCAACACAUACAAUUCCAUUAUCAAUGAUAUGUUAUAAAUGUAAUCGUAAUCCGGAAAAGUUUGAUCAAUUUUGGAUUUUACCAGAUCAUAUACAUAACACACUAAAUAUGGUAAGUUUCAUUUUAUUUUUAUUUAGAUAUUAUAGUUAUAGUAAAAUGAAUGAGUUUUAA